AUGCUGCCAAAGAGAGCUCGCAUGGAUAGCAUUCGGGGACCUAUCGCAAAUGGACCCCUACAAUCGAGGCCCUUAGUGGCUCUACUAGACGGUCGCGACUGCACCGUCGAAAUGCCAAUACUGAAAGACGUCGCAACAGUGGCAUUCUGCGACGCGCAAUCCACCUCCGAGAUACAUGAGAAAGUUCUGAACGAGGCCGUCGGAGCGUUGAUGUGGCACACCAUUAUUCUCACCAAGGAGGACCUCGAAAAGUUCAAGGCUCUUAGAAUUAUCGUGCGCAUCGGCUCGGGCGUCGAUAAUAUUGACGUCAAGGCGGCCGGCGAAUUAGGUAUAGCAGUAUGUAACGUGCCUGGUUACGGCGUAGAGGAAGUAGCAGACACGACGCUCUGUUUAAUAUUGAACCUUUAUCGGCGGACCUAUUGGCUCGCGAAUAUGGUCAGAGAUGGCAAAAAAUUUACAGGUCCAGAACAAGUCCGAGAAGCGGCCGCGGGCUGUGCGCGCAUCCGAGGCGACACGCUCGGUAUUGUAGGUCUCGGUCGCAUCGGGUCGGCGGUCGCGUUGCGGGCGAAAGCGUUCGGCUUCACGGUCAUCUUCUACGACCCAUACUUACCCGACGGCAUCGAGAAAUCUCUCGGGCUUACGCGGGUGUAUACCUUACAGGACCUAUUAUUCCAGAGUGAUUGCGUGUCAUUACAUUGCAGCUUAAAUGAACACAAUCAUCAUCUUAUCAAUGAGUUUACUAUUAAACAAAUGCGUCCCGGCGCGUUCUUAGUGAACACAGCGCGGGGCGGUCUAGUGGACGAUGAGGCGUUAGCGGCUGCCUUAAAGCAAGGUCGCAUCCGCGCCGCUGCACUGGACGUGCACGAAAAUGAGCCCUUCAACGUCUUUCAGGGUCCACUGAAAGACGCUCUAAACCUGCUGUGUACGCCGCACGCGGCAUUCUACUCGGAUGCGUCGGCGCAGGAGUUGCGCGAGAUGGCCGCUUCCGAGAUCCGGCGAGCUAUAGUUGGCCGUAUACCAGACUGUCUGAGGAACUGCGUCAAUAAGGACUACUUCCUAGCGGGCAGUGGAACGGGCGGUGGGCCGAUAGCGGGUGCGCCGCCGGCCACGUAUAGCAGCGAGGGAAUGAACGGCGGCUACUACAGCGGUACGCAGGCCGCGCACUCCACCACCGCUGUCCAUGAGCCGCCCGCUAUUCCGCCCCAACCAGCGCCGCAGCCCUCUAACCCGCAGCCGCCCAUUUCGCUGCCACCAAUUAACACAUCGGACCCGGCUAAUCAUCAAAUGAAGCAGGAAAGCUCUGACGUGCACUAG